GUAUGCGCUAACGAUGCAUUUUGAAGUUCUGCGCAGUUCUUGUUACCCCCUCUACUAUCUUUAGGAAGUAGAAUCCUAGGUGACUCAUAUCCGGCAUCUGCCUGGGUCGUUCUUUCUGUCCCUGGUAGCGGUACGGAAAUCUUUGCCGCUUUUCAACGAAAGAAAAAUCUUCAUAAGAAUCACUAAUAUUUUCGGGGAUUGAAGCAUCAUAUCAAUCUAUUAAACAUGAUACGAACAAGGAGCACUAUUCUUGGAUUAAUAAAACUUGGGACUUAUGGAUCCAUGUCUGGUGGUUACCGUAGUAAUAGUGUGAGCCAUCGUGGAGGAGUAGGCCAACGAAAUGGAUAUGGAGGUGGAGGAUCAAAUAGUCGUUUUGGAAGUCGUAAUGGAAAUACAGGUGGAAAUAGUGGAGGUGGUAUUGCCGGACGUGGACCACGUAAUGCCAAUGUAGCUGGAACCAACCUGAGAAAACCAAAUUGGGAUUAUGAGAACUUGAAACCUUUCAAAAAAGAUUUCUAUAUACCACAUCCAAAUGUACAAUCACGUCAUCCUCGUGAAGUCGAUUUGUUUAGGGAAGAAAACAAAAUCACUCUCAAAGGGGAAAAAAUACCUAAUCCUAUUCAAUUCUUUGAAGAAGGAAAUUUUCCUGACUAUGUAAUGCAGGCUAUUAGAAAGCAAGGAUUUACAGAACCGACUGCUAUACAAGCUCAAGGUUGGCCAAUUGCUAUGUCUGGGCUAAAUAUGGUUGGUAUAGCACAAACUGGAUCUGGAAAGACAUUAGGCUAUAUAUUACCUGCUAUUGUACACAUCAACAGUCAACAACCUUUAAAUAGAGGAGAUGGGCCAAUCGCUCUUGUUUUAGCACCAACUCGUGAACUUGCUCAACAAAUACAAAGCGUUGUUAAUGAUUUUGGAUCAUUAUCUUAUGUAAGAAAUACUUGCAUUUUUGGUGGUGCCCCAAAAGGGAGUCAAGCACGUGAUCUUGAACGAGGAGUAGAAAUUUGUAUCGCGACACCUGGACGUCUUAUAGAUUUCUUAGAACGUGGUACAACAAAUUUACGAAGAUGUACAUAUUUGGUAUUGGAUGAAGCUGAUCGUAUGUUGGAUAUGGGAUUUGAACCUCAAAUUAGAAAAAUCAUAGAACAGAUCAGACCAGAUCGACAAGUUCUCAUGUGGUCAGCUACUUGGCCAAAAGAAGUAAGAAAUCUUGCAGAAGAAUAUCUUACGGAUUACACUCAAUUAAAUAUUGGAUCCUUGACUUUGGCUGCAAACCACAAUAUUCUUCAAAUAGUUGAUGUAUGUCAAGAACACGAAAAAGAAACAAAAUUGGGAACUCUACUUCAAGAAAUUGGUAAUGUAAAUGAUGAUGGUGGAAAGACUAUCAUUUUUGUAGAGACAAAAAAGAAAGUUGAAAAUAUCACAAGAAAUAUUAGGAGAUAUGGCUGGCCUGCAGUAUGCAUGCAUGGUGAUAAGUCGCAACAAGAAAGAGAUUAUGUUCUUAGAGAAUUCAGAAACAAGAAAGGUUCUAUUCUUGUAGCAACGGAUGUUGCUGCACGUGGAUUGGAUGUUGACGAUGUAAAAUAUGUGAUCAACUUCGAUUAUCCGUCGUCGUCUGAAGACUACAUACACAGAAUUGGAAGAACAGGCCGUUCGCAAAGUACAGGAACGAGUUACGCAUUCUUCACUCCACAAAAUAGCAGACAAGCUAAAGAUCUAAUUAAUGUACUUCAAGAGGCUAAUCAAGUCAUCAAUCCAAAAUUGGCAGAAUUAGCAACGAGAACUGGUGGUGGCGGUUACAAUCGUAAUCGUUGGGGAUAUGCAGCCCGUGGAAGGGAAAACACAUUCUCUGGAACACAUAAACGUUUCGACAACUCAAGGAAUAGUUAUAAUAGUUGAUUGGACAAAUCUAUUUUCUUACAUGGUAUUGAACGAUCGACUAUCGAAACAUUUAGUUUUACGUACAAUUAAACCUUAAUUUUUGUCAUUAGAAAAAGUUCAUUCUAUGUUAAUACCAGAGAGUGUACGGAACAUUUAUUAUUAUUUAUCUGGCCAAACAUACAUCUUUCUUUGUUUUGUAGUUCUAGCGAUGAACAUUUCGUUACUUUUAAUUUUUACGUACAGAGAGUAUCUCUGUACAUAUCUGUGAUUGAUAGGAAGAAAGAGAAAAAAAACAAAGUAAAUUUUAUUUUUUACGAUAAUAAUGUAUCGUUGCUCAUCGUAUUUUUUUUGUUUCUCUUUUUCUCAUGAAAGUUGAGACGUGUAUAAGAUAUAUACUUAAGAAAUUCAUGUUAAAAAAAAAAAAA